AUGGCAUGGUCUGAUUCAACUACUCAGAAACAAUCUCGUCCUUCUCAACCGCUUUACGUUCCUCAAUUCCGUUCCAACACCACCAACAUUCCUCCUCCCUACAACAAUCGAGCCCAUUUUCCUCCAUCCGACGAUGUUUCAUCUCACUACGCUUUCAAUCGCUCCACUCACAGACCACGUGGCAGAGGCGGUUACGGAUAUGGCCAUGGUCCUCCGCGUCAUUUCCCUCGACCGGAACAACAACAACAACCACGGAACUUCAACUACAACCACGAUCCUCAUCCUCCUCAUCGGAACAAUCGCCCUCCGAUUGAGACCCACACUGAACCACAGAACGGCGUCGUUGCGAAUGCGAAUGCGAAUUUCGAAGCGUAUGAAUCUAUCCCCGUUGAGGCUACCGGAGAGAACGUGCCUCCGCCGGUGAAUGUGUUUGCUGAAACCGAACUUCACGAGGAUUUGAAGAAUAACAUUGAGAGAUGUAAGUAUGUGAAACCUACUCCAGUUCAGCGGUACGCGAUCCCCAUUGCUGUUGCUGGGAGAGACCUUAUGGCUUGUGCUCAGACUGGCUCGGGUAAAACGGCGGCGUUUUGUUUUCCGAUUAUAUCUGGGAUUAUGAAAGAUCGUUUAGCUUCUGGGUUGGUACCGUCUAUGCCACGUGGCGGUGGUUCCGAUGUUGCGUACCCCACUGCACUCAUCUUGUCUCCAACUAGGGAGUUAUCAUGCCAGAUACAUGCUGAAGCAACCAAGUUUGCUUAUCAAACAGGAGUGAAGAUUGCGGUUGCUUAUGGGGGUGCUCCUAUUGGUCAACAGUUAAGGGUUUUGGAGAGAGGUGUUGAUAUUUUGGUUGCGACUCCUGGGCGAUUGGUGGAUAUGAUUGAGAGAGAAAGGGUUUCUUUGAAGAAGAUUAAAUAUCUUGCUCUGGAUGAGGCUGAUCGGAUGCUAGACAUGGGUUUUGAGCAUCAGAUUCGCAACAUUGUUCAGCAGAUGAACAUGCCUCCUCCGGGAGAUAGACAGACAUUGCUUUUUAGUGCUACCUUUCCCGAUAAUAUACAGAAGCUUGCAUCUGAUUUUUUGUCAAACUAUGUGUUCUUGGCUGUUGGAAGGGUUGGUUCAAGCACUGAACUGAUUGUACAGAAAAUUGAAUCUGUACAGGAUAUGGAAAAAAGAAAUCGUCUUGUGGAUCUUCUUCAACGCAAUGUUGUCAAUGGGAAGCUGGCUUUAUCUCUUAUAUUUGUUGAAACAAAGAAAGGAGCAGAUGCUUUAGAAAGUUGGCUUUGCAGAAGUGGUUUUCCAGCUAUUGCAAUACAUGGUGACAAGGUUCAAAUGGAGCGGGAGCGAGCAUUGAGAUCUUUUAAACGCGGUCUUACUCCAAUAAUGGUUGCAACAGACGUUGCUUCUCGAGGAUUGGAUAUACCUCACGUGGCUCAUGUGAUUAACUUUGACUUACCGAGAGACAUUGAUGACUAUGUACAUAGAAUUGGUAGAACAGGCCGUGCUGGUCAGUCUGGUUUAGCAACUGCUUUCUUCAGCAGCAAAAACAUGCCUCUUGCAAAGGGUCUUGUUGGACUUUUGCAAGAAGCAAAACAAGAAGUCCCUUCUUGGCUAUUACAAUAUUCCGAGUCUUCAGCACCAGGUGGGCGCAGCAGCCAUGGAUCCCAACGGUCGCCUUGGAGAAACAACUACGGAGGGCGCGAUUUCCGGACUGCAGCUGAACCUGUAAUGGUGGAGAGUUACAACAACUACAACAGUAGUUACAGCAAUUAUGGUGGUAAUGGUUUCCAUAAUGUUCCCGAACAGGUGCAGAAUUACAACUACAACAGCUCCUACAGCAACAGAGACCAUACUGCCAAUAAUUAUACUGGCAGUGAUGGAAUAAAUGGGCCAUGUGGUUAUGCAUCUGUUGUGCCUACCGGAUGGGACUAA